AUGAAGAUGACCUCCUUCCUGAUGCUGAAGGCGCGACUGAGGCGCACCAUGAGGCUGCUGCUGCUGCUGCUACACUGUGUGGGCUGCGCUCACGGGAUGCCGCACGUCCUGAGAUUCGGGGGGAUAUUUGAGUCCGUCGAAAGUGGGCCUUCUGGUGCUGAGGAGCUAGCCUUCAAAUUUGCUUUAAACACAAUCAACAGGAAUAGAACCUUACUGCCAAACACUACCCUUACCUACGACAUCCAAAGGAUAAACAUCUACGACAGCUUUGAAGCCUCCAGGAAAGCUUGUGACCAGCUUUCUCUUGGAGUGGCAGCCAUCUUUGGUCCCUCUCACAGUUCUUCUGCCAAUGCCGUCCAGUCCAUCUGCAAUGCUCUUGGUGUCCCGCACAUUCAGACCAAAUGGAAGCACCAAGUAUCCGACAACAGAGACGUCUUCUAUGUGAGCCUGUAUCCAGAUUUUUCCUCCCUCAGCCGGGCCAUUCUGGAUCUAGUCCACUUCUUCAAAUGGAAGACAGUCACAGUGGUCUACGAUGACAGCACUGGUCUCAUUCGGUUGCAAGAACUAAUAAAAGCACCAUCUCGGUACAACAUUCGCUUAAAGAUCCGGCAACUGCCUGCAGACACAAAGGAUGCCAAGCCUCUAUUGAAGGAGAUGAAAAGGGGAAAAGAGUUUCAUAUCAUCUUUGACUGCGGCCAUGAGAUGGCUGCUGGGAUCCUGAAGCAGGCUCUAGCGAUGGGAAUGAUGACGGAGUAUUAUCACUACAUCUUCACCACACUGGAUCUGUUCGCACUGGAUGUGGAGCCUUACCGAUACAGUGGUGUGAACAUGACGGGAUUUAGAAUCCUAAACACAGAAAACAGCCAAGUCACGUCAAUCAUAGAGAAAUGGUCCAUGGAGAGACUACAGGCUCCACCAAAACCUGACUCUGGUCUACUGGACGGCUUCAUGACUACGGACGCCGCGCUGAUGUACGAUGCCGUGCAUGUGGUGGCCGUGGCUGUGCAGCAGUCUCAGCAGAUCACUGUCAGUUCAUUACAGUGCAACCGACACAAGCCUUGGCGCUUUGGGAAUCGCUUCAUGGCCCUCAUCAAAGAGGCUCACUGGGAUGGCCUCACUGGAAGAAUCUCUUUCAACAGGACCAACGGCCUGAGGACAGACUUUGACCUCGAUGUUAUUAGCCUUAAAGAAGACGGUCUCGAAAAGAUUGGUACCUGGGACCCAGCAAGUGGCCUGAAUAUGACUGACAACCAGAAGGGAAAGACGACUAAUGUCUCUGAUUCGUUGUCCAACCGAUCUCUCAUCGUCUCCACCAUACUGGAGGAGCCAUAUGUGAUGUUCAAGAAAUCUGACACUCCACUGUAUGGAAACGACCGAUUUGAAGGCUACUGCAUUGACCUACUGAGAGAGCUGGCAAACAUCCUGGGCUUUACAUACGAGAUUCGUCUGGUGGAGGAUGGAAAAUACGGAGCACAGGAUGAGAAUACGGGCCAGUGGAACGGCAUGGUUAAAGAGCUGAUAGACCACAGAGCUGAUCUGGCAGUGGCUCCCCUCGCCAUCACAUACGUGCGUGAGAAGGUUAUCGACUUCUCCAAGCCCUUCAUGACGCUGGGUAUAAGUAUACUGUACCGCAAGCCCAACGGAACCAACCCCGGGGUCUUCUCCUUCCUCAACCCACUCUCGCCUGAUAUCUGGAUGUAUAUUCUGCUGGCUUACUUGGGUGUCAGUUGUGUGCUGUUUGUCAUAGCCAGGUUUAGUCCCUACGAGUGGUAUAACCCCCACCCCUGCAACCCUGACUCUGAUGUAGUGGAAAACAAUUUCACCCUGCUUAAUAGUUUCUGGUUCGGAGUUGGAGCUCUCAUGCAGCAAGGAUCUGAGCUCAUGCCAAAAGCCCUCUCGACCAGAAUUGUGGGAGGAAUUUGGUGGUUUUUCACUCUCAUCAUCAUCUCCUCCUACACGGCAAACCUGGCAGCUUUCCUCACAGUGGAGAGGAUGGAGUCCCCCAUUGACUCUGCUGAUGAUCUGGCCAAGCAAACAAAGAUUGAAUAUGGAGUGGUAGAAGACGGCGCCACAAUGAUAUUUUUCAAGAAAACAAAGAUUUCUACAUAUGAUAAGAUGUGGGAGUUUAUGAGCAGUCGGAGACACUCGGUGAUGGUGAAGAACAUUGAGGAAGGCAUUCACCGUGUGCUCACCUCUGACUACGCCUUCCUCAUGGAGUCUACCACCAUUGAGUUUGUAACACAACGCAACUGCAACCUUACGCAGAUUGGGGGCCUAAUCGACUCCAAAGCUUACGGCGUUGGAACACCAAUCGGCUCUCCAUACAGAGAUAAGAUCACAAUCGCCAUCCUGCAGCUUCAAGAGGAAGGCAAACUUCAUAUGAUGAAAGAGAAAUGGUGGAGAGGAAACGGCUGUCCAGAGGAGGAGAGUAAGGAGGCCAGCGCUCUUGGUGUGCAGAACAUCGGCGGGAUCUUCAUUGUCCUGGCCGCUGGACUUGUUCUCUCCGUGUUUGUGGCUGUAGGAGAAUUCCUGUACAAGUCCAAACAGAAUGCACAACUGGAAAAGGCCCAAUGGCGACAACGAGAUAAGAAACAGGUCAUUCUGCAGCGCCAUGGUGGACGAGCUGCGGGUUUCCCUCAAGUGCCAACGGCGGCUCAAACACAAGCCCCAGCCACCUGUCAUGGUGAAAACAGAGGAGGUCAUCAACAUGCACACCUUCAACGACCGAAGACUGCCAGGGAAAGAGACCAUGGCCUGAAGCAGGAAUCCGUGUCAUUUUCUCACCCGCUCUCAUGUGCUGAAUUGGUGUGUGAGGACACUUGGGAUAAGGGAAUGGGUAAAUGGUAGAGGGGAAGAGGAAGUUGCCAUGGUCGAACUUGUAGAGCUUGUAGAGCAGGACUGCUUUGCAGUUGUUGUUAAAACGUCAUGCUUCUGUCUUUCUAAUUAGCUACAGAUAAGAGAUUCAUCAGUAUUUCCUGUGGAAAUAACUUCAACCCGGGUGAAAUUUCAGCAAGUUACCUCAUUACUCUUACAACACUGGCAACCAACUGGAGGUGCCAGGAUUUUUAAAAAACCUUGAGUUGAAAUGUAGAAGGUCUUGGAUUCCAUCAAAGUGGAGGAAAAGUUGAAUCACACUUUUGAUCUGCUCCUCAGUCACUGCAGAGACUGAAGGUGCAUCUCAGCUAAUGUGAUUGAACAGGUGGGAAAGUUUCUCAUUUUUUUUUCUGUGUUGCUAAAUUAGACCUAACACGGGGUGAAGUGAUAAGCAGUGCUCUCAAAAUGUAUAAAAAGCACUGCUCAGUAACAUAUGAUAUUGAAUGACUUUAAAAAUUGACAUUUUGCAAAACGUCAUCUGGCAAUAAUUGAAUUUAUGUGUUUUUUUUGUUUUCAGAGUACUAACACUUUUAGUCUUUAAUGGGGAUGAGUAUGGGAGAAUUAUCCUGCCAUAAUGCAAGAGCACAUCAUUUCAAUUUG